AUGCUCGCCGCGCCUCAUUGCGCCCCUCCCUCUGUCAGCGGCUUCACGCUGCCCCAGUUGAAGCGCAAGCGAUCCGAUUCCAACGAUUCAACUACCAGUCGCGAUGCUCCGGUCGCAACAAAACUACGAACAGACGAUGCACCUUCGAAACAAAUACCCUUUCAACAACAACCACCACCACCCUCUGCGACCAAAGAUGAUGCGACCACCUUGCCAACCGAACGUUUGAGCGAUCAGGCUCCCGAGCGCGUGCCAGAUUCGCCACCUCUGCUGCCUGAUGGUGGUGGCUCUGAUCCAUCCGAGGUCCCGUCGCGCGACAACCAGAAGGCCGCUGUGCGCAAAGUCGAUGCAGACCGGCUGCGCGAAACGCUAGAAGCCCAGAUCAGCCUCGAGGUGCUGCUGAAACAUAACGAACUUCGGUUGAUCGAUCAGGAGAUCGCCAAAUGUCAAGUUGCGCUGGAACAACUGCGCCGCUGCGCGGAAAUCCCCUACCCUGGGUCUCAAGCUACUGGCGUAUCGCAGUCUAUGAGCAGUGGGACUGGAAUGUCAGUAUGGGCUCCUGGAAAUGGACCCGCACCGAUCUCUCCAGCACCCUGGGGUGUCGCAAACGGCCCUUACACCCGUCACUAUUCGCGAUGGUUGUUGCCAGACCCGCGUUUCGAUGGUGGCGAGGUCGAGCCGGCAACACUGAUGGGCUUUGGCAUGGCGACUCCUCUGGAAGGUCGUUCGACGCGCGGAAACCCAAUCGAUACUGGCUAUCUGGCUGGCAAGUCUACAAGGCCUCAAAGGGGAUCAUCCACUGGGACGAAACUCCAGUCUUUGCCCAGUGGCUAUCCAGCUCCGAAAGAAAGAGCUGGCCCCAUGAUUAUCCGACGAAAGUCUGAUAAUGUUCUUGUCAAGUUGGUUUGCUUGGAUUGCCGCAGGGACAAUUUCUCUAGUACUCAGGGCUUCAUCAACCAUUGCCGCAUUGCCCAUAACCGCAACUUUGCGAGCCACGAUGCCGCGGCAGUCGCGUCCGGGGAGCCUGUCGAAGUAGAUGACGCUGGUGCCGUUGUCAGUGGCAAGAAUGAACCUCCUUCCACUUCACUCGCGCCCGGUUUUGUUCAUCCUCUCAUUCGCUCUGCUCAUGUUAUCGAGCCAACACCGCCUAGAGCAUCGUCUACGUCGGAAUCAUCCGAUAGUGCAACUCAAAAACCGUCUUCAGAAAACAGCGGUUUACAAACGGUGGAAACACCUCGUACUUUGUCUCACACACCGAGAGGCCCGAAGACCCCUACGAUAGCAAAAACGCCAAACGAUGCAUUCACUGCUUCGGAUGAUACCCCUCAUUUAUCAUCUUUGAUGAAACUUCGAGGCGUUGGGCUCGAUCUUGGCCAGUUGGUUGGUGAUGCAAAGACCACAGUGGAUCUCGAAGGAUACUUUUCGGAGGAAGGAGAGUCGGAGUCUGAGCCAACUACACCGUCCGCGGAGGUGAAAUCCAAUAAGCCACUUGCGACUCGUGCUGGGCGACAGCCCAUGCGCACGACAGCUUCACAGACAGCCUCUGAGCGCCCUGACGGCCACAAGGGGAUCGAAAGACCCAAUCACCAGCUGCCCGCGCUGGAGACGUUAACGCCUUCACGACCGCAGGCGCCCUACCAGUCUCCUUAUGCGCCAACAGGCCCUCAGAUGAAUGUGCUGCGGGAAGUUGAUGGAGUCGACUUGAGUCCAAAUACUGUGGAGUCCAAUCAAGCUCCAAGUCUUGUGAGUGAUGAUGACGAGUUUGAAGCGGCAUCUGACUCGGACAGCCCCGGCCCUAGCUCGUCUGAGGCUGGGGAUGGAGACGACUUCAGCCUCAUUGAUGUGGAGGACGACGAGGACACGACGGGCUCGACCACCACUAGUGAUUCAAACCCGAAGCCAGAUGUUGGAUUGGGAAGUGCCGGCAAGCCCCUGCAGCAUGGAAAAGUGAGAAAGAAGGGACAGUAUAUUCAGCCGUCCGUUGUCCCGUUGAAUCGAGGGAAAGACGAGAAACGCGUGAGCUUUAUGGAUCUAAGUCUCAACCCUACAACAAUAUCUCUAUCUACAUUCAAAACCCUCUUAGCCUCAUACAAAGCUACCGUGAAGACCAAAACGCGGUCCAAAGCGCUCGGUAAAGCCUCAUCGAAGGGGAAGAAGCAGAAGAAGGGCCCGAGCAAAAAGCGCGCCGCCGACUCUAUAAAAAAUGAGGGAGAUGACGAGCACGAGGACGGGCUAAGUCAAGACGUGAAGCAAGAGGUAGACGCGCAGGUUAAGGAGUUUGAGGCGCUUGAUGAGUGGCGGUAUGAGUCUCUCCCGGGACUCGUUGAGGCGAGGAUUCAAGGGAAAGCCAAUGCCGAUAGUGAAGAAGGAGAAAGGAAAAAAGGGGAUGCUCUUUCCAAAGACGAGGUUGUUAAGUUGAUGGAGUGGAAGCUAAAACACGGUGUUUACCGCCCGACCCUGUUAGGCAUGAUAAAAUCAAACCAAGAAAAGAGUAUCCAAAGCGCAACGCGCGACGCGUUUUCUCUCAUCCAGCAGGAGGAGGAUGGUAGUGCUUCUGGACUCGACUUUCAGGGUAAUAUCCAGAAAGGUCUGGAUGCCCUGACCGCGCCGUUGCGGGGCGUCGGGCCUGCGACGGCGUCGUUGAUUCUGUCUGUUGGGUCGGCAGAUGUCCCGUUUUAUAGCGAUGAUGUAUUUCUUUGGCUUUGUGUGGGUGUUUAUCCGUCUACUUCCAAUGCGGCUGCGGCUGAGGAGGAAAAGAAUGGGAAAGAUGGAGGAGAGCGAAGCAAAGAGGUUCGGCCGAACGGGGAGUUGAAUGUCAAGUACAAUAUCCCCGAGUAUAAACGUCUUUGGGAUGCAGUGCAGAGGUUGCGGGCGAGGCUGAAUGAGGAGGCUGGUGAGGAUGAAGGCAUCUCGUGUGCGGAUGUGGAGAGGGUGGCAUUAGUGGUUAGGCACUUUGAUCAGUCUGGCCUUCAGAACGAGGCAAUGGAUAGAGAAGACGUAGAGGAUGGGAAGAGGAAGAAGAGGAGGACGCAUCAUGAGUAG